UUUGCGCGUCACGUCAUCGGUCUUUAUGUCAGCAGUAGCGGUACAGUAUCGGCUAACCGUGCGGAAUAAAAACGUGAACGAUACACGAUGCGAUAUCUGACACGGUGAUUUAUAUGAUCCUCCAUCAGUACACGUGAAGAUGUGUGACCUGCGCUCAGCGCUCGUUCAUGAGGGCUGGUACCUGACAGAUGAAGGAAUCGAGGAGUGUAAAGGUCCCACAGACACUGAGAAAGCAUCACCUGCUCAUAUCAUCCAAGUAGCACUAAAUAGUGAUCUGAGACCCAUAGGAAAGAGUUUCCUGCCUGCGGACAUCAACAGCGGCCGGGUAGAGAAGCUGGAGGGUCCCUGUGUUCUUCAGGUGCAGAAGAUUCGUAAUGUUUCAGCUCCUAAAGAUCACGAGGAGUCUCAGGCGGCACCCAGAUUGCUUCGUGUGCAGAUGACGGAUGGCCACGUGACCUGCGCCGGCCUUGAGUUUAAACAGCUGUCCAAAAUCAGUCUGAACACUCCGCCUGGAACCAAAGUGAAGCUUCUGGGAAACGUCCCGGUUAAGAACGGAAUCCUGCUGUUGGACGAUUCCAAGAUUGCCGUUCUUGGAGGCGAGGUGGAUCACAUGAUUGAGAAAUGGGCGUUGCAGAGGAGUCUCAACAAACACAACCGGAGGAACGUCAGCGCCGAGGGUGGACCACCUCCUUUUGUUCCGUUAGGACAGAAGUGUGCUCAAAAAGAGCAGGUGGACACCAAAGCUCUAGACCAGCGGAAAACCCUUCAGACCACCAACGCCACCAAAACCACCGAAGACAACGAUGAGUUUGCCAAACAGAGAACGGCAGCCAUCGCGGAGGUGGCCAAGAGUAAAGAGGCUCGUACGUUUGGUGGCGGAGGGAACGCCGGUGGAAAUCUUGUCAAUCCAGGUUCCACCUAUAAGAACCGAGAUGUUUAUCAGAGGAAGAGAGAUGAGCAAGAGAAGCCGUGGACGGAGAACAGAUCAGAAGGAGUUUACAGGGAUUUGGUGGACGAGCGAGCUCUUAGAGACUUCAUGGAAAUGGGUUUUCAUAGAGAAGAGGCCAGACAGGCCCUGCUGGACAAUAAUAAUGAUGUGGAGGUGGCGCUCAACUCUCUUCUCACCGGAACUAACCAGAUCAUGACGGCUGAGACCGAGCAGAGCCGUCCACCUGCUCGAGGAAAAGGUCGAGGACGCGGACGCUCGAGACAGGGUGAGGAUGAGGAGGCUGGAGGAAGACCAUCAGCGCCCAGCACACUCUUCGACUUCCUCGAGUCAAAGAUGGGAACAUUUUCUAUUGACGAGUCCAAGAACCAGCCAUCACAACAAGACCAUCAAGCCAAGAUGAGCUUCACCUACACAUCUGAUCAGAUGUUCAGAGACGCCCCUCAUUCCAGACAACAACCACCACGGAAUGAAGGACGCUCGCAGAGAAACGACAGACCUCCACGCUUCCAAAAAGAUGGAGACUUUGCAAAACCCAGUUCGGCACCCUCUUCUGCCCUCUCUGGACCACAGAAAGAAAGAGAUGGAGAGAGAACAGAAAGACGAGGGGCGGAACAAUGGAGAAACGACAGUCGAGAUCCUAAAGGUUCACAUAUAAACUCAUCCACCCCCUCAGGACGGUGCCGGGAACAGCAGGGUCCCUCCGGAAGCGUCCAUCAGGGCUCAAAGGGAUUCCAGCAGGAAUCUCGUAACGGUGCAUGGAGAGAUCAGGACGGCCCGGGAAGAUCCGAUGCUCCGUCGUUUAAAAAGAAGCAAACAAACGGACCCAAGUUCUCAAAUUCUGCUGCGCCGGCCUCAGACCCCAGAGGUAGAUAUGAGCCCAACAACAGAAGGAAAGGCCGGCCCGGUUCGGGUUACUUCGAUCGUAACCAAGAUGCAUCGGGCGGCACAGCUGUGAAAAAAGACUGCGCAGAUGAAGGGGGAUUGGGUCAGUUCAAAGGAGGCGGAGGUUCAAACGUCCACCUCGCCAACGGUGUUACGGAACAUAAACGGAGCGGUCCAAUCAAAACACAGUCCACAGGCCCAAGACAGAGCUACACGCAUAACUCCGCCCCCAAAAAAAGAUCCGGUCCGAUCAAAGGUCCGAGAGAUCCGGCGGACACGAACAGUCAUGUGAACUGGAGAGCUGGUGACCAGUGCUUAGCGCUUUACUGGGAAGACAACAAGUUUUAUCGGGCGAGGAUCGAUGCGGUCCACCCCUCCGGCUCUACGGCUGUGGUUGUGUUCAGUGACUACGGCAACUGUGAGGAGGUUCUGCUUCACAACAUCAAACCUCCAAAUGAGGACGUAUGGAAGAAAGAAAGUCAGACAGGUUUGGAAUGACAUAGAGUAACAUCCUGCUAACUGAUCUGCAGGAAGAUGAAGAUGUUUAUUAUGAGAAUUCUCUAGAAUUUAGACGAGGAGGAGACGGACAUUCUCACCACCCUCGACCCACUCAACAGUACUACCAGCCGCCACGGGCGAGAGACUGACACACACACACACACACACAAACACACACACAGACAAUGAAUUUGAUUUGUUAGGUACACCAAUUAAUUGUUUUUUUUUGUAAACUAAGACACUUAACAUGUUAGUUGAACUGGAUUCAGGGUUCAGGACUAGUUGAGAUUACUACUGCAAAUAAACUGCGCUAUUAUUCUAUAGAUUCUGUAGGAAACAAUAGAAAUCUAAAGUCACGGGUCCACAGGACAGCGACUCUAAUGCAUGUUUUCUACUCAAAUUCUUAUUACUCUAAUGCACAAGAAAAAAAGUCAAUCGAUCAUAAAUCGUGUUUUUAAGUCAUGUUACGGUCAUGAAAACGAGAAUAAUAAACAAACAUCUGUCUGCAUUACAGCGAUGAGAAUUUGAUCAUAAAACAAUUCAGAAAUACAAUUCAGCAUCAGUAAAUCUUAACGGUUGAUGAACAGAAGGUUUAUGUUCUUUAUGCAAAUCCUUGUUUGUUUGUUCACAGUAACGCGGGCGAAAUGACGAGAUGUUUGAGAUCGUCACGUGAAAAUGUGAUGAUUUCAUGCCUUGUUUAAUAUUUUUGGCAGGUUUACUGGAAGCUUACGAUGUUUUUCAAUUCUAAGUAUGAUAAUCUGAUCUCUAUAUGAAGAGAUGAAAGAUCAUAUCUCAGAAGUGUAAGGGCUUGUGUUAUGAAUGACUGCUGUAAACAGUGAACAUUUGUAAAGAACUUGAUAUGAAUUAUUAAACUGCUACGUUCUUUUCUUCAAA